AUGCUGGACAACAGCUCAGGAGCCGACAUUCCGUCGGACGAAGAAGCGCCAUCUUCCGAUGAUUUAGAACAAUUUGCCAAACAAUUCAAACAACGACGAAUCAAGUUGGGCUACACGCAGGCGGAUGUCGGAUUAGCUCUUGGCACUCUUUACGGCAACGUUUUUUCUCAAACAACAAUUUGUCGUUUCGAGGCUUUGCAGUUGAGUUUCAAAAAUAUGUGCAAGCUGAAGCCGCUGGUCGAGAAGUGGCUGGAAGAAGCCGACUCGACGACGGGCAGCCCCACAAACAUCGAUAAAAUUGCCGCCCAAGGAAGGAAAAGGAAAAAAAGAACGAGCAUCGAAGUGACCGUUAAAGGUGCUCUCGAAAAUAAUUUCAUCAAGCAACCGAAACCCACCGCGUCAGAUAUUGCAAGGCUGUCCGAGGAGUUGCAGCUGGAGAAGGAGGUUGUCAGGGUUUGGUUUUGCAACAGGAGACAGAAGGAAAAGAGAAUGACUCCA